AUGGCAAGUGUUCCACCUGGAAAACAGUCAGUGAGUCGUGAAAGGGGCUUCAGUGGUGUCAGUGCCGGCAACAGUAUCAACAGCUCUAUCGGUUCCAGUGCCAUUCAUCCUAUGCGACCGAGACCGAGUGUAGGCAUAUCAUCUCCACGAAAUGGAUCCUCGUUGGGAAGCUUCCAAGAUAAUAGCACUUCACCCUCACUACCAAAAGGCUUUGAGAGUAUGCUAAAAAAUACAACCGAGACAGGGGAUAUUGGUCUUUUCUCUAUCAAGCCUUCACGCUUACCUCAUACUUCUAAUGCACUACCACGACGCGGCAACGGAGGUUACAGCAAUAGAGGUUACAGAGACAAUGACUUGCAGAGGCCACAACCAACUUUUCAACCGUAUGGGGUACCAACUGUUGAUGAUAGAAGACGACUGCCAUCCUAUACAAGAAAUGAUUCUUCGGGUGUCAGGUCAAUGUAUGAUUCUGGCAGUGUCAACUCCGUCAAUUCAAGUAAUAGAGGUUUCGAGGAUCCCGAUUAUCGAUCUUAUUCUAUGACCCAGACAGCAUCCCAAUCAGCGUAUACUCUUUCUAAUCAAAGAUCAUAUGCAAGCCUUCGAAGUCAGCAGGAUGGAGCUGCACUCGUCCAACGACCUCGAUCUCCAUUUGCAUACCCAACACGCUUGAGACGACCUGGAUUCAGACCUUCUUCUCCGGCCCUCACUGAUGGUGGUGGGGUAGACUAUAGUCGUCGUGCGGAGAUUGAUCGAAUUCCUUAUGGAGCUGUUCGUAAUGUAUCUUCACCAGCUUCAUUAUACGCCCAGAAGCGAGUACCGCCACCCUUGUCACUGCGACCAGAGGCCAACCGAUCAACCCCUUCAUUGUUAAGCCAACCCUCGCCGAAGAGACGUACUCCAAGUCCCAACCUAAGGCACGGUAAUGGGAUUGCCGGGCAAGAUUGGCAACGCCGCAACGGCCCAGCAUCGAUCAACACAUCUCCAGCUCGCAGUACACUCAGUCUUGCUUCGACUACAAAUUUCGCCCCUACAGGUUCGUCUCAAUCUGCAACAAACACACCAGGAAAGCCAUCACCUUUGUAUUAUGACUAUACCGAAGACUUCGAAGUGGAAAAUCAGAAUCGUUCAAACUUGGACCCUCCACCACAGUUUCAGCUGCAGAGAACAAUUCAUGAAGAUCGCCCUUUGAGUUCAGCUCUUUUACCUCUUGCCCAUGGCCUUCCAUCUAAACUCAACGGAAGCAAUAACAAUCACCAUCGCGCAUCAUCGUCAUCGGCAUCAACCGUAAUUCGACACCCGAUGAGAAAUAACAGUGUAGAAAGUACAAAUGGCAUUCCGAAUGGCAUUGGUCAUGUUCGAUCGGCACUUAGUAUUGGAGCAAAGGUGGCAGAAGUUUGUGUGCCAUCGAAUAAUGUCCCCGAUGACAACAAUUCGAUCGACAUGUCAACUCUAGGGGCCAACGCUCUAGAGUUGAGCUCGCGGGUGUCGAGAGCUUUUGGUCUACCCCCUUCACCAUCAUUUGAAAUCACGAUUACACCAGGUUCUGGGGAAAUUGAAGCUAAUCAUACCGAGGCUACGACCGGAGAAGAUGUCAGCAUACCGGUAGUCCCACAGACGAGACACCAACAACGAUCUUCGUCGUUGCCAUCUCCACAGUUAGAAGUUUCUCCCACACCCUUUCCGUCAACAAAUGAUCCUCAAGGAAUUACCACGAGUGACAAUGCAGGGGAAAGAAUGAUUCCCACGUCUGAAAAUCACUCAUUUGGUAAUGUUUUGAUUGCCAGGAAACAUCCCAGUACAAAUCCCCUGCCAUCAACAAAGGAUACAGAGGAGUUCGCAAACGAAUCUAACUCUAAUUCUGCGCGUGCAAGUAGAGUUAGGUCUAGUGGCUUCUUCACCAUUGACACUGGUCUCGAUGAACUAGUCGAUCUAAUGACUACCGAUGAUGCUAGUCGGCCCACCUUCGGUAAUAGUUGCACCGGACCACGAAGAACCCCCAUGAUGUCACCAACCUUACCUAGAGAGUCUUAUUUUGAUACUCCUUCGGUGCACCGUACCAGCCCUCCGUUGUCGCCAAUCAAGAAAACGGAGAAAAUCUUUCUUCAAAGUGUGAAUCCUGAUAACGGCUUCAGAGAUGGGCUCAAGCUCCAAGUCUACGAAGGAAGACUUGAAAAGGGCAAAUUACCUACUUAUCGGUCAUCUGAGCUUCACAACCUUGGUGAUCAAGUUCCGAGCAAGAUCAUGCCCAGAUCAGAGUCUCCCAUGUUAGCGCCCAAGCCCAUCUCGCCAGCAAGGCAAUUGAAAUUGAAGAAUAGCGUGCCACAGCUUAUGAAGUCUCUCCCAAAAUUACCCGACUCAUCAGUUCGUGGAUUGGCAGUACCAGGAAAAUCCAGUCACUCAGAUGCAAAUAUUCCUUGUCAUUUCUCAGAACUUUUGCCUGAGGGGAGAAUCAAACCCAUUGAAAAGUGUGAAGUUCUAGUGUCAUCAUCAACUGAGACGUCGGAAACUUAUCCUUCUAUGGAAAAGGAAAAUGCCAAAAAGUCACUAGAGCAAGCCGGAUCAAUUCAUAUCUCGACCCAGAAACAGGGGAUUCAGCCAAUCAACGAAAGCAAUGGUUCUCGCCCUUCACCUAUGAAAUUGAAGCUUAAGAUCAGAAAUCCACUUUCGGAUCAAAUAUCACAGGCAGAGUCUCAGGAUGGAAAACGGGAGGAUGCAUUCUCUUGGGCUAGUUCACAGGACGAUCAUUCACCGUUGAUGACCCGAGAAGAACAUAAUGGAGAGCUUAAACCUGUCAAGCUCAAAUUGAGACUCACUAGGGCCACAGGCUCAAGUCCUUCGGGAACUGUAAGGAUAUAUAAUGGUUCUGAAGAUCAAUCCAGCAAUGACCUAAAUAUACCACGUCCGAAGGAUUUGUUCACACCUUCCACUGGCUUUGACAAUAUCUUCCGACAAGUUAGUAGACAUCUUCACUCACGUAGGCCUAGUGCGAACAGUGACCAACAAUUUGGAGAUGAUGCUAUUGAAAUGAUGCCAAGCCAGCUAUCACUAAAUGUUCCUAGCUUUGAUCUUGGCGUUCCCCUCAGUGGUCCGUCUGAGAAUUUACCGAGCCCCACAGAUGCACGAAGCUUUUUCUCCGAUGACAGCUCUCACCGCAACGGGAGUCAUGGUUUACGAAAAAGAAUCUCGAACUUUCGAGCUCGCGUUGGUGUGCCGUACGUAGCUCGGAAUGGAUCAUACUCUUGUGAUGAUAUAGUUUGGAGAGAUCAACAUGGAGGAGUUGGCCAUUCCCCUUUAGCUGCCAAAUCUGUCGCAGAUUUUAAUGCCGCGAGAGCCAACUUCGUAGAAUCACCCAAUCCACGACGUUCAGAGCAUAGGUUGCAUGCACAUCGGCUACGAGCAAAGGUUUCUGAAUGGUUUCGUGGAGCGCGAGCUGCCAUCUCGGCUCGUGUCAAAUCACGAAGUACAACCGGGACUGGUAACGAGAGGUCGAGGGCGAGUGCAUGA